GAGCCAAUCCCAGGGCUGGUCCCAGAGAAAUCUCGGCGGAGGGCACGGAGCUCCGGGAGACUGCUGGGCGGGGAGGCUGUGGUGCCGGCUGCUUGCUGAGGACCUACCCCCGGAACAGCUCCACGGAGAGGAGCGAUCCGGCCCGGAGCGCGGCGCGGUCCCCAGAGCCAGAAGUGAGAGGGACCCGGAAGACGUUCCACCUGGUGGCUUGGAGCUGUGCAUGACCAGAGGCAGGUCUUAUAUUUAUGUCUGGUCUCUGAAGAAGAAGGACCCCCACCAGGGAACAGAGACCCCCCCCAAGCUAAGGGUGCAAUGGCAGUGUCAGCCCCCUUGAGGAGUCUGGAAGAGGAGGUAACCUGCUCCAUCUGCCUGGAUUACCUGCGGGACCCGGUGACCAUCGACUGUGGCCACGUCUUCUGCCGAAGCUGCACGAGUGAUAUUCGCCCCAUAUCGGGGAACCGCCCAGUCUGCCCGCUCUGCAAAAAGCCCUUUAAGAAGGAGAACAUCCGGCCAGUGUGGCAGCUUGCAAGCCUGGUAGAGAACAUUGAACGGCUGAAGGUAGACAAUGGGAAGCAGCCAGGAGAGCUGGCCCGAGAGCCACAGGACAUGAAGUUGUGUGAGCGGCACCAGGAGAAGCUGCAUUACUACUGUGAGGAUGAUGGUAAACUGUUGUGCGUGAUGUGCCGUGAGUCCCGGGAGCACCGCCCCCACACUGCAGUCCUGGUGGAGAAGGCUGCCCUGCCUCACAGAGAGAAAAUUCUGAACCACUUGAACACCCUGAGGAGAGACAGGGACAAAAUCCAGGGCUUUCAGGCCAAGGGAGAAGCUGAUAUUCUGGCUGCACUGACGAAGCUGCAGGAGCAGAGGCAAUACAUUGUGGCGGAAUUUAAGCAGGGCCACCAGUUUCUAAAGAAACGAGAACAGCACCUGCUAGACCAGCUGGCCACCCUGGAGCAGCUACUCACUGAGGGCAGGGAGAAGUUCAAGACCCGGGGUGUCAGUGAGCUUGACCGAUUGACUCUGGUCAUCUCCGAGCUGGAGGGCAAGGCACGACAACCGGCUGCAGAGCUGAUGCAGGAUGCCUGCUCUACACAGGACACCAAGGACUUCGCCAACAAGUACCCACGGAAGAAGUUCUGGAUUGGGAAAGCCAUCCCUCACAUGGUUAAAAGAAAAGCGGGAGAAUUCUCAGAUAAACUUCUUUCUCUGCAGCGAGGCCUGAGGCAGUUCCAAGGCAAGCUGCUGAGAGACUUGGAGUAUAAGACAGUAAGCGUCACCCUGGACCCACAGUCGGCCAGUGGAUACCUGCAGCUUUCAGAGGACUGGAAGUGCAUUACCUACACCGGCCAGUACCAGAGUGACUGCCUGCUCCCUCAGCAGUUUGACUGUGAGCCAGGAGUGUUGGGCAGCAAGGGCUUCACCUGGGGCAAGGUAUACUGGGAGGUAGAGUUGGAGAGAGAAGGCUGGUCGGAGGACGAGGAGGAGGGGGAGGAGGAGGAGGAAGGGGAAGAGGAGGAGGAAGAUGAAGAACCUGGCUAUGGGGACAGAUAUGAAGACUGGGAAACAGAUGAGGAAGAUGAAUCCCUGGGGGAAGAGGAGGAGGAGGAAGAGGAAGAGGAGGAGGAAGUUCAGGAAAGCUGCAUGGUUGGAGUGGCCAAAGACUCCGUGAAGAGGAAAGGGAACCUCUCCCUCCGGCCAGAGGAUGGCGUGUGGGCCCUUCGACUCUCCCCUUCUGGCAUCUGGGCCAACACGAGCCCAGAGGCCCAGCUCUUCCCGGUGCUGCGCCCCCGGAGAGUGGGCAUUGCCCUGGAUUAUGAAGGGGGCACUGUGACAUUCACCAAUGCAGAGUCCCAGGAACUCAUCUAUACCUUCACGACCACCUUCACUCGGCGCCUGGUUCCCUUCCUGUGGCUCAAGUGGCCAGAAGCACGCCUUCUGCUGAGACCCUGAACACCAGACCCUGCUUGGGUCACCCUACAGAAGCUUUACUCUGAGAUUCCAGGACUCUGAGAUGAAGAUAUUGCCUGGAUCCCACACCCAUGGAAUCUCCCCUUCUCUGGGAUCCCAAAACUAUGUAGUGGAGGAACGUUCCUGGCCAAAGCACUAGGAGGAGGAGAGUGGAGGAGGGACAUCACAUCCACUGCCACCCAUUUCCUCACUGCCGCGGCCAAAGUCUCUCUCAGCACUGUCACCCUAACUGUAUUUCUUAUUCAGCUUCUCAUUUCCUCUGAAGUUUCCUGAUCUGAAGACCAAAUGACUCCCUCUUUCCUGAACACCCAUUUGUCUUGGCUCUGGGCUCUCUAUUGAGCAGGGUCAGCAGCAGCAGCAGCAGCAGCAGCAUCUUCUGGUUCACUUGUUAGCACUCACAGGAAGACUUUCAAUGACAUCUGAAGCCGUUUUGCUGUCCUCAGAUUUGAGGAGCCCCUUGCCCAAAACCACUCUGUUGUCUACCUUUCCUGGCCAUCUUAAACUCACUUUUCCUGCCCCACCAGAGUUAAAUACAUGAAGAUUCGAGAAUGGAUGUAGUCAAGAUCCACUCGAGUUCCCGAGGCCGUGUACGUUUGUGUCCUGGAGCUCUGGUAGAAUCAUCUCCUGGCGUGGCUCCCAAAGCCUAUGGCCUUCCAACCCAGACCUUGAGUAGAUAGGACUCCCCAGGGACAUCUGUGUCUCAGAAAGCAUCUAGGUACUAUGGCUCAGAUAGUAACUGUGGUCAAUAAAUUACCUCUGAUUACCUCUGCACAGUUAGUUCUUGUGAAGGGAGUCUUUAAAACAACCCCAGCCUCUUGGUCUUGAUGCUCAGCUAAGAACAUUGAGGCCAAGUACCCAGGAGGUCAGGACCUCAUUGCUGGCACUACAGAGUGUCCAGAUUCACUUUCCUAAGAGAGGGAUUGCAGAAGGGGAGAGCGGGCCAUGAGGAAUAUAGAGGACCUCUGCCCUAGGUCUUCCUAUGAAGAAAAGGCCUGCAUUAUCUCCUUGCUGACCUAGCUGGUGCCCACAGUUGAACCCGAGCUCCUGCUUAGCCAAAAUGAUGCGCCCCCCCCCCUUUAAUCCUUAAACAUUCCAGAUUUCUUCAGCCUGUGCAAGUGUUAGCUCCUCUUGGCUCCUGACAGACUGUUCCCAGAUGCUGGAUCUCAGUGGCCUCAGAGUAAGCCACACCCCACACCGUCUCGAGACAGAGCACUCCGUAGGCCUCACAUGCUGCCUGAGUCACUAGUUACACACACAGUGGCUCCCUCACCACUCUUUGUUCCUAGAGCUAAUCAUCUCUCCCUCCCUUCAUUUCCUGUGUCUUGGUUACUGAAUAAACUACACGUUCUUCUCAGUGGUCAGAAAUCUCAAAAGACAGUCGUCUGGGGCUGUCUCCUCCUCUUAUCUUGGUGCCUACCGGAAUGAACUUGAACCUGAGCCAUUGAUUGUUCCCUCUGCGGACAGCUUUUUAAAUCCCCUUUUGUCAUUAAACUGGGGGUUCUGGAUCUUUUCCCUCUGAGGCCUGUAGCCCAGCUAGCCUAAGUCUUGUGUAGCUGAAGAUGACCUUAAACUUCCUGUCUCGCCUUCUAAGGUCUGAGAUUUCAGGUGGGUGCCACUAAUGCCUGGUUUAAGUGCUGGGGACUGAACCCAGGGUCUCUCGCAUCCUGGGCAAGCACUCCCCAGGUGGCAUCCCAAGCCCUGGUCCUAUUUCUGGACCCUGUGUCUCCUCUCCUAACUUAACUGUGGUUCUGUCACACAUCAUUUAAAAACUUCUGAGAUGAGUUUGGAAGCUGCAUUUUCAAACAUUGGGAAAUGUUUAUCUCACUUGUACACUUAAGGUAUUCUUCAAAAGUAGUUUUCUUUUAGGAUGUCAGGAUUGCUCUACUGCCUUAAGCUCCUGAUUUUCAGAAUUCCCGUGGGGCUCUUUGCCUCAUGAUAUCUCUCUGUGGCCUGUUUCUGUUUUACAGAAGAGUCUGGGAGUCUUACUUGUAUCCUUACUCCUUGUUCUAACACAUAUGAACCACACACAUACAUAAUACAUACAUACAAUUGAGGAGCUGGACAUGAAUCUCACGAUGUAGACAUGGCUGGCCUCAGGCUCACAUGGCGAGAUUUAAAGCCUUAUACUGUCACACUAAGGAGGGGUAAAAACCUUUAAAAUACCCGGGGCAACCUAGAAAAAAGGUUUAUUUAAGCUCCUGGUUCUGAAGUUGCAGUCCAUGAUCAGUGGUCUCAGUGCUUUUGGCCUCUGUCAUGGUAACCAAUCCUGGCAGGCUUGCUUGACAGAGCACAGUCACACAUCUCAUCAGCUGGGAAACAGAAUGAACCAGACCCUGAGAGUCUCCUUCCAAAGCUACCCUAGUGACCUAAAGACACUACCUCCUAAUUAGUCCACUCUUCCGGCCAGUCCUUUAACACCUCACCAUUCAGAAGAUUGAAACUAGAAUCACCCCAACCCCAUCUUUCUAAGUUGCCACAAUCAACAGAUUAGACACAAAACACAAGGCCCUUGGCUUAUUUUAUUAAAACAUUCUCUUAAAACCUAGAGAAAUGACCUGAAGGGACACUUUGGGGUCCACCCAGAUUUGUUGAGGCCCCAAAGCAUCUCCAGCUUUGUGUCCAAAAGUCAUUAUAAAUUAGUACAAGCCAAACAGCCCUGGUUACCCUACAAUGGUCAUUUUGAAACUUUUACAGUUACUUUGUUAAAUCCCAUUGGCUUAUAGCUUUGCUUGGUGUCUAGAGCAAUGCCUUCCUUGUCUGCUUCUGGCUCUCCAGAGAGAUCACCGUGUCCAGGAACGGGAUUGCAGGGUGCUGACAGUACUGGAUUAACACAUUAAAAACUGUACAAGACUCCAAGACCCUAAGUUCCAACCUCAUUUUUGAAUGCUAGGCACAGAGCUGGGUUUCCGGCUGCUGUCUUGUCUGCCACAAUUCACUGCCUCCACUUCAGUCUUUCUACGGCCGGCAGGAACUUUGUCCAGGUGGGACAGGGUUGGAAAAAGAUGGCGGUUGGUGCCUUGGUAUUUGACGUUUGCAGGAUCUCUCCCAUACCUGGUAGUCUGUGACCACGUCUACGCCGCAAAGAACAGGUGUGUCUCCAUUUGCGUGGCAGAUGGGUGCUAGCCAGUUGGAAAAGUGUCACAGCGAGGACACUGUCCUCAGUGCCCAGGUCCUGCCAUCCCCUCACCUUGGGGCCACUCUUACGGUGCAGCUGCCACUCGGGUGGCCAUUACAGAGAGGAUUGGGCUCCGGGUUUUGGUCUGAGGAUCCAGAGUGACCCCCUACCCUCACUUCAGGAUGACACAUAGUCCAUUGCUGCCUGCUUCCUAGGCUUCUGUUUCUGGAGGACAGAAGUGAUAGCUGUGUCAGAGGAUUUGUUUCUUAAAAGUGAAGUAGCCAGGACAGCAGCAGCAGCACAGUACCUAGGAGCCUGUUAAGAAGCACAAAAUCUUGGGCCCUGCCCUAGACUACCCCAACAAGAGCCUGCAUUUUAACCAGGUGUCUGGAUAAAGUUUCUACAGUACGUUAGAGAAGUAGGGAUCAAUAUAAGAACAGGCAAGUGCUUCUGGGAACAAUUAAGCGCCAAUUUGAAAGUAAAUGUUAAUUUUGCUCUUUCCUCUCCAGGUCCCUUUUUUGUGGCACUGGGGUUUUAUGCAUGGUAGGCAAGCAAGCCCUAGUAGGAAGCUAUUAAUACAUCCCUAGACCCCAGCCCUUCCCUACAUCCCACCCCUAGAAAUGGUCUUUGUAGCUGAGGCUGGCCUAAAACUAACUCUAGCCCAUGCUGACCUCAAACUUGAGGCAGUCUGACCGCCUCCACCACCGAAGUGCUGGGAUUGUAACUGUGUCGCCAUGACCAGCAAAUGACUAGGUUUUUAAUACAUGAUAUUUGUUCAGAUCUACAGAAAGUCUUGCAUAAUUCUGGACAAAUAUCUACACAUAACUGAGAACAUUCACCAGUCACUGUGUGCCCGGUACUGUGCUGAGCUCCUUGUAUAAAUUCAUUUAAUCCUCAAAUGGAUUUAUAGUGUAGGAGCAAUGGUGGAGAGAAAAGGCUUAAUAGACCCAAGACCCCCACACAGUCAGGGUCUAGGUGAGCACAUUUCAUUGCUGUUGGUGGCCAUGGGUGGAAUGGAUAUCAAGGGAACCCCCAACCCCCAACCCCCAACCCCGAGCACUUGCUGAUUACCUGAAUCUGUUUCCAGAUGGUGCAUCAAGUUUUCUGAAGAAAGCAGAAACAAAGAUCUGUGAGACUUAAUAUCUCCUACAGAUACUCCCAAGGGGAGGAUAUCCUGACUACAGUGUGAGGAUAGGGAUACAAGACUUAAGAGAAGUGUAUCUCCUGGUCCUUGGAUAGAGGAGACCACAAUCUGGGGAAUUGCUCUCUGAGUAGAGUGAGGUCUUGUAGGAAGGUGCAAGGAGAGAAGACGCUUAACCCAAGCUGUUUGCUUAUUUUUGUUUGGGUUUCACUAUGUAGUCCAAGCUGUCUUGAAACUUAAGAUCCUCCUGCCUCGGUCUCCCUGGUGCCGACAUUGCAGGCAGGUGCCACUAUGCUUGGUGGUUUGAACCAGGUUUUGAAGUCGAAAGGUGGAGACAGGUGGAAGGUAGAACACCUAAUGGGAUCCGGAGCCCUUGUACCUGAGAAUGUCCUCAUCAUCUUUGGGAGGCAGAGUAUUUUCCUGUGGAGGUUUCUAAUCUUUUUGAUGAGGUCAGAGGAAAUGGCCUCUGGGCACACAAAAGUCUUCAUCUCAUACCUGCAGACAAGUUGGAAAUCAAACUUAAAUUCCAAAAAUAAAAUACUUCGUUCUA